CGCGGGGACAACGGGCCGUUUCCAGCCGCUGCAGUUCCACUCCCGUAAACACCACGGCACUCCCGUUCACCGGCGACGGUUACCGACAACAUGUCGCACACCGUCAUCACGACCGGCGGGACCUCCGGGGACCGGGUCCUGGACGCGGGCUACACCCGGACCAUCCCGGGACUGCUGAAGAUCGGCCAGAUGCUGGCGCUGCUCGUGGUCGUCCUGUGCGUGCGCGGCGCGCGCGGCUGGCCCAGCUGGGCCGCCUUCCAGUUCUUCGAGGUGGCGGCGCUGUGGUUCCUCGUGGCCUUCCUCCUCUUCUUCCUCAUGCAUCUGUUCAGGCUGCAGGCCAAGAUGCCCUGCAUCAACUGGCCGCUCACGGAGUUCUUUCAUUACUCCGUGGGGACCCUCCUCAUCCUCAUCGCCUCCAUCGUCGCCGCUGUGAAGAGCGGAGGCGUUUCAGCGCUGGUGGCCGGAUCGGUGUUCGGGUUUCUCUCCUCCUUCCUGAUGGCGGUCAGCUUGUGGACGUCGUACAGCGUGACUUGUGGCUCCCACCCGACCGGUGCAGCUGUGUAAGAAGUGACCCGUCAUGGAGGAUCCAGCUGGCAGUUUGCUGUGUCCUGGUUUCUGCCUAGCAACCAGCUGGACACUGAACCUGAUUGGAUAAUAGUUAUUUCUCCUCGAUCCGUUCUGUCCCCGUUUCGUAAACUCUCGUUUCCGGUUCCCGGUGCUCGUUCACGUUUAAAGAAGCUUUUAGACGAGUCGCCUCUCAAGCUUCUCGUUAUGCCGUAAAGAAGACAAAGCGAGGAAAAGACGAUUUUCCCGCCAAAAUAUUCCGCCGCGUCUUCGCUGCGCCUCCUCGUGGUUUACAGCGACUCGCUUGAUUUGCUCGAUUAAAUGAAACUGUUCAUCCAUUCCAACUUUUUUUAUUCUACUUUUUAAAAUUCUGUAAAAGUCUGGACCACUUAAAAAAUAAAAAAUAAACUUUUCUUUGAAAGAAAACGCAGUAAAGCCCUGUUAGCAUGCUAUGCUAACUUACGCUAUCAUUGUUCCAGUGUGCUAACAAAUGUUAACACGCAUAAUGUUUUACAGGAAAUAAGUUUGCAUGUUAAACAUCUCUCAGGCUAAAAUACAAGAACAACCGUGAAGGAUUCUGGGAAAUGGAAAGUAAACAUUAGCGUGCUAACCCCCCCAAAAAAGGAAAAGUGCUAAAUCGUUGUGUAAUUGAGACAUAAUGUGGUCUCAAUAUAUGUUAUUGUCAACAAACGUGCAGAAACAACAAAUAAUACAAACACGGAUCAAUCCGCCGCUGAAAAUAGGCCUCAAUAAAAAUGGGCGUUCACAUUAGCGUCCUGCUGUAGUACCGACCAAUCAGAGGAGGGCGUUCAUCACCGUUCAUGGCGACUCUCCUCGGUGCUGUAAACAAACAGCUGUUUACUUUAAGGAGUUUUCAGAAAGCACAAACAGUCUGAGCCGAUGCCACGAAGAGGAAGAGGAGGAAGAGAGCGGCGUAGUAACGCGGUUAUGAAUCUACGGAGCCGGUCGGGGGGGAACUGUAAAGAAAUAUGCAAAUCUAUCGGCACGCAUUAAUUAAACACAGGAGCAGACAAAUAUUAAAAACAUCAAUAUUCAUAAAGAGCACCAGGAUUGAGAUGAAUCUAGACACACGGAUUAUAAACAAUUAUGCAUGAGGUGUUAAAUGUGCAGAUUAAUAUAUUGAACUCGCAGUUUGAUAAAGACUCACGUUUAAUAAGAUGUGUAAGUAUUGUUGACGUUAAUGCAUUAAUAUAUGGAUUAAUAGAAGUUUAAUCCAGAUAAAUCGUACAUGUGGAUUAAACAUGACCACAGGUCUGUACAACAAUGUGCUUAUUAUAAGUAAAGAUCCGAUUAAGACAUGCCUUCAGAUUAAUAACACACGUUCAUAAAACCAACACAUAGACAUGUACUAAUUAUUAAUAAAAUUAAAAAAUAAUAAAACACGUUAAAAAAACAGGUAGAGGAAUUUAAACAUAAAAGUGAAUAAAUUAAUUGUAAAUCGGCCGAUAUUCUUAAAAAUGAUGCACAAUCUGGCAUUCAUAUUAAAUGUCAAAACAACUACAAUUGAUUUGAAAAGCUUUAUUUAAUUGUAACCGGCAUCAGAUAAAUGGUGAAACACGUUGAAUUUGCCGCGUGUGAAACAACUAAAAGUGGAUUUUGCUGAAGCACAAAACAUCUCACGUCAUCCUCUCGACUUUCUGCUCUCGUGUUGUCAUGUUUUCUCCGUUUAUCGGACUCGUUCAGUGACGACGCGUUCAUCUUUAUGAAUCUGCGUGUGCAGAUUUAUGACCAAAUAAAACUCAAAUGUUCAGAGGAAGUGGAUCAACAUGCAGCUUUUAAUCCAACAAAACAUUUCGAUGGAUUUUAAUAGCGAUGAAGAACGCUGCUUUAAAACCAUGUGUUACGUUAGCUAGGAAGCUAGCUACAGCUAGCAUGUUAGCGAUGCUAGUUAGCUCACAAAUAUAUAUAUACACACAAAGUAUUCUCUUUUGAAGCUUCUUUGAGAAACGUCUCGAAACCUUUUUCACGUAAAAAAUACGAUCUGAAAUGUUUUCUAAACAAAAAUAAUCGUUCUCGGGCCGUCAUCAUGCUAACCUAGCCUAGCAUCUUUGUCAGCGUUUGAACGAAGUCAAACAACGUUGAAACACUGAAAUAUGUGUUUCUCUAUUAUUUUGCUGAUGUGGAUUCUGUGCUAGCAUUAGCUCAGAACUCCAGCCCGACUCAUUGUAUCAACGCAGUUAGCCCCGAUGAGUUAGCAUCGUGCUAGCGGACCCGCAAACACACCGACCUCGCUAACGUUUAAAUUCAAAGUGAAUCCACGGGAAAUCGUGGUUCGACCGGUUCUGCCUUCAGUAACGUUCGUAGAAUACAAAAUGGCCGUUGAAAUGGAAGCGAGAGCGUUCCUCAAAGGAGACUCGAUGGCGUGAAGCUGAAGCGUUCCUCGGAUGACAGAUCACUGCCUUCCUGCCCGUCACAUGCCAAACAUUAGAAUCCUUCGUGCGACGCUUCGUUUUUGGGGUUUUUCUUCCGUCGGAUGCUCCGAGUUCAGAACGAAGGAUUCUCGUCCGAUCCGAAUCCGAUGGAACGUCUCACCAUCUGGGCGGAAGUGACCCGCGAUGAAGUCACCGGAACCCAGAAGGAGCGCGGCUUGUUUACAAAUGAAGGUUCUGGGUUCAAAGAAUCACAUUCGUACCGUUGUAGCCCAACGACGUGUAAACGGACUCCGGUCUCCUGGGUGAAAGUCCUGUGUUUGAGACCCUGAGUCUGACCCUGACUUUGACUGAGUCUGAACCUGACUGAGUCUGACCAUGACUCUGACCCUGACUCUGAGUCUGACUCUGACCCUGACUUUGACCCUGAGUCUGACUCUGAGUCUGACUCUGACCCCGACUCUGACCCUGACUCUGACCCUGACUCUGACUCUGAGUCUGACUCUGACCCUGACUUUGACUGAGUCUGAACCUGACCCUGACUCUGACCCUGACCCUGACUCUGACCCUGACUCUGAGUCUGACCCUGACUCUGACUGACCCUGAGUCUGACUCUGACCCUGACCCCGAGUCUGACCCUGAGUCUGACCCUGACUCUGACCCUAACUCUGACCCUGACUCUGAGUCUAACCCUGACUCUGACCCUGACUUUGACCCUGACUGACUCUGACUCUGACUCUGACCCUGAGUCUGACUCUGACCCUGACUCGGACUCUGACUCUGACCCUGACUCGGACUCUGGACUGAAGCGAAAGUUUCAGCUCAACCGGACUAAGAUGCUCGUGUUGCCCAACGACCGCGGAUCCAUGUGACCGACAAACCUCCCGUUGGCUUUGUGAGUUCCGACACUCGCCGAUAAUUUAUCGUUAUUCAAUGAAAUCGUACGUCAUGUUAUCGCCAUACACAAUCACCUGGACGACCGAUCGAUAAUAAGAAGCACGUUCUGACUCAAUGUUCUCAGAGAAAAGAAUAUUUUGAAAAUAAAUGAGAAAACACAAAUAAAUCCAACGGACGAUUUCGUAUCGACUAUUUCUCCUGUUGAGCACCCAGAAAACGUACAACACCGCGAUGUAUACAUACACGUUGACAGAAAUCGCGAUAGAGGAUUUUGUCCUCUAAACACGAGACUCCGCCCCCUGAGUCGGGUUCAGAGGUCACCUAACGCCUUCCUGUGAAAUCCGGUUCGGUGACAUCGUUCGCGAGCUAGCUUUAUUUUUGGGAAACUAGCGGCAACUGAAUUAGACAGUUUCGUUUGGAAAGGGGGCGGGUCUUGUUUACCAGGUCUCGUGUGGACCCGCCUCUUUCACUCUGAUCCAAGAACCACAGUUUGGAUCGACGGCCAAAAGAUUUUCACCCGUCUUCGCUCACAAUUGUCGGCUUUUUAUCGAUCAGAGUCAUGACCUUCUCUGAAGGUCCAAGGUGUUCACAUUAUUAUUACUAUUAUUGUUAUUAUUAUAUUUGCUGCUUCACUGUAUUUGAGUUUUUUUGUCUCUACCACAUAUGAAGGUUUUAUUUCAUUUUAGAUGCACUGAUAAAAACGAUCAAAUCUCAAGUAAACGUCAACAUGUUGGACCUGGAGGAAUUUAAGAAUCGCUGGAGGAAAAAAAUGGAGAUCUUUUCAAUGUAGUCAGCGUGCUUUUGACUUGUUUCAAGAUUCUAUUGAUGAACUUUUCAUAUUCCGAUUUUUUUCAUCAAUAUCUCUCUGGCGGUAAUUUUGAAAAGUUUGAAAUUAAUAUAAAAAUAUUUAUGAUUUAAAUUACGUGUUAUUAUUUUAUCUGACCGCCAAACAAAACAAUGUCAAAUGGGGCGCCCUCUUGUAGUAUUAGUUUAUGUUUUGAUCAGAGUUGUGACCAGCGCCGCCGCUCCCAUAGCGCACUACGCGCUGCGCGUAGGGCACAAAGUCCUGAGGGGGCACCGCAAAAUAGGCAACUAAAAAAAUCCUCAUAGUUAUAAUAAUUAUAAUGCCGAUAUUAUUUCAGUCUAGAAAUAUUAGGCGCCUUUUAGGCAUGUAUAUCACAAAACAGGCAGAACAAGAGAUAUAUUUAAUCGCUCAGCACCCCCGUUAACACUUCUCGGGUCGCAUCGCUCUGUGCCGUGAUGCGCACCGACACAUCCGCUCACACAUCAGGGUUUUUCCUGGGUCAAAAUGGGUCUUCGGUGCUCCCAAAAAAAAUGUUUGCGCGCUGCGCGCGCACCAUCUGUUCAUGCACGUCGGGCUGUUGAGUGAGUGAUCAGCAGCUGGCCGCUCUGACAAGUCGCGCACCUCAGUUGCGUAUUGAUCAGACAAGAAGACACGCUUAUCAACUCCAGUGUUUCCCUACUAUUAGAACAGGGUGAAAUCUGACCACGUCACCCUGUAAUUUUCGUCUACCCCCCGUCAACUCUACUCGGCUCACGCGCGCCAGAGCUCCGAUGCCGGCACGCGCCUCCCUCAGCCGGGAUGGACCUUUGCUCUAGACCUUUGUUCUAGACCUUUGCUCUAGACCUUUGCUCUGGACCUUUGUUCUAGACCUUUGCUCUAGACCUUUGUUCUAGACCUUUGCUCUGGACCUUUGUUCUAGACCUUUGCUCUAGACCUUUGUUCUGGACCUUUGCUCUAGACCUUUGUUCUGGACCUUUGCUCUAGACCUUUGUUCUGGACCUUUGCUCUAGACCUUUGCUCUGGACCUUUGCUCUGGACCUUUGUUCUGGACCUUUGCUCUAGACCUUUGUUCUGGACCUUUGCUCUGGACCUUUGCUCUGGACCUUUGCUCUAGACCUUUGCUCUGGACCUUUGCUCUAGACCUUUGUUCUGGACCGUUGCUCUAGACCUUUUCGAUUGGAUCAUGCAACCUUUCCGAUCGACUUCUGGUCUGUUUCCUUGAGCAUUAAGUUUAGUUCAGGCUUGAGCUUCAACCGUUGAGGACUCAGUUUCAGAUCCAGGUUUUAGGUCCAGACCGUAAAACUACAACAACAAAACAAACGUGAUACAAGCCACCUGGAAUCAGGACCGCUCUCUGCCGCCUGUGUUGAUUAUAUAUAUUUUGAGCAUCAUUUUAACACGUAUAAAUAACGUCGGUAAUAACCGGCGAUCGGCACAAACCCUCAAAGUCACCGAGAAGUUUGGCUUCUGUGAGAUGUCCAAUCACGACUCUGGACCUAGCGAGCUAAGACGUGAGAACCCCCAGUGUCAUCCUCCAACCCGUCGGCCAGGCCGAGCCGCCGGACUCGUCCUCUCCAAAGUGCCUUAACGUUGUGUUGAGCUAUCGGCCGGCAGGUCGGUGAUCUGCUGCUAGCGAGCUAUCUGAGUUCCAGAGAGGAGAUGGAGAGGCGUGAAGUGCUUUAUUAUGUUUUAAAGAAAAGAUGUCCACGGUAGUCUUAGAGUACACCCGCAUCACAAAGAGCUCACAUGACUUGUGUUGUUUUUCUACAUUUUUUAAGUGUGUAAACUACAAGUUGUGAUUUAUUGCAUGUUGGAAAUUAAAAGCUCAUUGCGCCA